AUGGAUACCCACCCACCAUCUGGCGCCUCUCCGGAAAUCGCCAGCUAUUAUGAGUUGAGCUGGUCGAUACUAAGCAGUAUCGGACUGUUCACAACACUCCUGAGUAUCUGGGCCAUGCUCAUCACACGGCCCAGCCCCUUGAGCUUCAUCCCCAUCGUUGUCUCCGCCGCUGGUGCCGUGGCCAACGGACUCUGCUACUUUUCCUUCUACACAUCAUAUCCUACCGGAAACCGAGCAGCCGCCAGCGCCAUUGCUGAUAUCCUCUGGCUGGUCCAAGAAGCAGGCCUUUCCUUCUAUAGCUACCAAAUACUACUGCACACUCUCCGCGACUCGGUCCGGAUACUCUUCCUUUCCCUCUUUUGGUUUUUCAUGGUUGUAAUUGGCUCCAUCCGAAUGACUAUACUCGCCAGCAGAGUCCUCGAAAUCACUCAAGAAGGCGUGUCCUCUCAUUCUACUGGCCCCUUACAACACCGAAUCGACUACCUGCACGUCGGUUACUUCGCAAGUAUCGCAUUGGUCGAAACGUGCAGCUCUUUCUUUCUCAUUCGGCUUCUGCACAAGGCAUACCGCGUCUCUCCUAAACUGUCCUUCACAAGAAUGGUCUUCCGGCAUGUGCUCCGCACAACUGAGGUGCGCGUCGCCAGCCUCUGCGUUAUCGGGAUCACCCGCGCAGUUACGUAUUCGUUGCAGGUCACAUCCCAAACAGCCACGACGGUGGCGGGCCAGUUUGAUCGGUUUGCAUAUACGAUGGAAUGCUUGUUCCCACUGGUUAUGGUGACAGACAUUCUCGCUACAAAGAAGUUUCACAUUGGUGAUCGGAACACCAUGACGACGACCGUGGAGGCGUCGCCGAUAGCACCUUAUCGGGAUCUCGGAAGUCCCAUGAAUAACAAUAGCCCGAGGGAAUUGGAGUGGGCACGGUCACCGUGA